GAGGGAAGAUGGCGGCGUCCUCUCUCGAACAGAAACUCUCCCGUCUGGAGGCUAAACUUAAACAGGAGAACAGGGAGGCGCGGAGGAGAAUCGAGCUGGAGAUCAGCCCGCAAAGGCCCAGGCCCAUUAUUCUCAUCACUCUAAGCCCCACGCCCGCUCCAUCCCAGCGAGCAGCCUUACAGCUUCCUCUUGCCAGCGAUGGAGCUCCUCGGUCAGACACUUCUCCGCACCAUAACACCGCAGUGCCUGUCCGCCCGAGGACUAUGCUGACCCUGCCCCAGCCCAACUACCUUACACAGCGAAGCCUGGAAAGCAUUGAAAUUGACCAGAAACUUCAAGAAAUCAUCAAACAGACAGGUUAUCUCCUCAUUGGGGGGCAGAAGUACCAGGCAGAUAUUAACGACCUGGAGAAUUUGGGGGAGAUUGGAAGUGGAACAUGCGGACAGGUUUGGAAGAUGAGGUUUAAAAAGACCGGACAUGUCAUCGCUGUGAAGCAAAUGCGCCGCUCGGGUAACAAGGAGGAGAACAAAAGAAUCCUGAUGGAUUUGGACGUUGUGUUGAAGAGUCAUGACUGUCCUUACAUUGUGCAGUGUUUUGGCACCUUCAUCACCAAUACAGACGUGUUCAUCGCGAUGGAGCUCAUGGGGACUUGUGCAGAAAAGCUGAAGAAAAGGAUUCAGGGGCCCAUCCCAGAAAGCAUCCUGGGAAAAAUGACUGUGGCAAUAGUGAACGCGCUGUAUUAUCUGAAGGAGAAGCAUGGCGUUAUUCACAGAGAUGUGAAGCCUUCUAAUAUCCUGCUGGAUGCCAACGGGCAAAUCAAACUGUGCGACUUUGGCAUCAGUGGCCGUCUUGUAGAUUCAAAGGCCAAAACCAGGAGUGCCGGUUGUGCUGCAUACAUGGCGCCGGAGCGAAUUGAUCCUCCAGAUCCGACCAAGCCAGAUUACGACAUCCGAGCUGAUGUGUGGAGUCUGGGAAUCUCGCUGGUGGAGCUGGCAACAGGGCAGUUUCCCUACAAGAACUGUAAAACAGACUUUGAGGUUCUCACCAAAGUCCUCCAAGAAGAGCCUCCUGUUCUCCCCCAUAACAUGGGCUUCUCUUCUUUAUUCCAGUCUUUUGUCAAGGACUGUCUCACUAAAGAUCACAGAAAGAGGCCAAAGUAUAAUAAGCUGCUGGAGCACCCAUUUAUUCGUCAGUAUGAAGUACAGGUGGUAGAUGUGGCCUCGUGGUUUCAGGAUGUCAUGGCUCAGACAGAGUCUCCAAGAAGCAGCACUCUCCUGAGCCCCCAAAACCUGCCCUUCUUCAGCAGGUAGCAUCCAGCGUGGGAGGGGAGGAACGCCCCUCCCCGCUUUCAUUUGGAUGCUUGGCUUUGACUCGAAAGGGGGACGAUCUUCUAUUAUGUGGUAUUUAAAGAACAUUCAUAAACAUUUUUUGCACCAGUUAUUCAGUUGGAAUUUUUACGUCACCUUGUGCUGAUUCUAGCUUUGAUGAGAUAUAGGUAACCCCCUCCCUAUAUUUUACUUGGCCGCUAUAAUGAGACAUUAUUCACCCAUCCCUUCCUCCUAUGGACACGGAUUCUGCGUCGGAGAUCGAGGUUUCAUUCAAAGCCCCGUCUGCUGUUCAAAAUGAAAACAACCACAGUUCCGGAACAUUACAACAGAAUGACCUUCUUUCCCAUUAUGCGGUGUGUUUGUCCCACUGGGAAAUAUUUCUCGUUGUGUGUGUCGGAGGUUCCUCUUUGCCUCUCGAUAUGCCUUGAAAGCCAUGCAUUUUUGUGUUGGCUUUGACUCUAAAUUUAUUUAUGUGAAUCGCUAAACCACAUAAGAAGUCCCUAAGUAAUUAUGGACUACUUUAGGGUGAAUGUGUCAGGUAUUUAAGUCAUCCAUCAGAAACUAUUUCAACUUAUUGUAUGGGCUUCUCUAGUGUCAUUUUAAUUACUUUUCCCCAUCACACCAGCACCUCCCGAUGACCAAGGUACUGGGUAUAUGGUUAUUUGGCUGGCAUGCUUUCGGAGACGGUUUUUCUCAUUAAAUGGUUUUGUGUCUGAGGAUCUUCACCCGAGAACCUCUGGAUUCCAUCAAGCAUCUUCUGACAGAAGAGAUAUUGUCUCCGAGCUUCUAUUGGUAGAGAUGGAGCCUUCUUAUGAAUCCUCCACUGAAUACAUAUAUACAUGCACACUUUAUGCAGAUUACCUUUGGCGCUAGAACACCACUGUGCUUCUCAUUGGGCAUCGCUGUUUGGGUGACGGCACCCUCUUGCUCUAGUUACUUGUGUAGCAGGCGAAGUUUGCCCAGGAUAAAGAACAGGCCUAAGUAUGUGGUAAUAUUGCUGCUCUCAGGGAUUGGAGAACGAGCUGAAAGCAUACUGCUAUGGGAUUAAAAUUGCACGAAAUGUUUUAAUGUUUGGUAUGGAGCAAAAACGGGGGGCUGGGAUUGCAUUCUUGUGUGGGAGAUUGUGAAAGUUGGUUCUGGAUGUGUAGGGUGAAGCAUUCACCUAGAGACCUUGGCUUGGGUCCCAUGGUUGGAAUAGGAGGCUGCUGUCAUUUUGACCUACAACAGCAUCUCACGCUGGGUGCCGGACUCAGCCUAUCAAGCUUCUUGGAUCGCAAAGUUGAUAGGGGCCCAAGUCGAGAUGUUUUUUUUCUUUUCUUUCCCCUCUUCAUGCUUCAACUGAGUUUGGAAGGGCUGUGUCAAACAUGAUCUAUAGCUGGAGAUCCUACAACAAAAACUACAAGUACGGUGAAGGCAGUAGCAGAUGACUUAAACCCGUGUGACCUUUGUAUGGACUCCUUCAUAACUCCACAGAGACUAAAUUCAGGCGGCUACAGCCAUGUUAUGUGACGCUAGGAUGUACGAGAUGGAAACGCGCAUGUGCAAGUGGUGCAACAAAAAAGGCAAAUGCAUGUGGGAGAGGGAUGGCUACAGAAAUGUUGGUAAAACUAUGAAAGGUGUAUUGCUCCAAAUGUCUAAUGCAGGGAGGUAUUAGCAGUGAUAUUCUGCUAGUCAGAAGGACCGUACACAAAUGGGCCUAUAGAUGCAGUUUUAAUGCAUUAUCCGUUGAUGUCAUGAAUAUGUGACUACCCUCCUGAGCGGGUGGCUGGGGAUAGGAGGGUCUUAAUAUGACUGUACCAAAGUUAUGGUGGAAUUACAGAAAGGGUUCCCAUUGUUUCUUUUUUUAUGUCUAAUUAUAUUACUGCCACGAAGCAGCGGACACUGCUAUUCCGUGUGGUAGUAUGUAUGUAUGUAUGUGCGUGAGUGUGGGUUUUUUCCCCCCCAGUUCUUGCCCUUGUGCUUCAGUAUAUCCUAUAUACUAUUCCUGUUGCAUGGUGUCUGGCUGGCUCCUCCGUGGAAGAGCCACGUUUAAAAUAAAAACUGCUACCACUCUU